GAAAAGGGAAAAAUCCUCAAUUUCAUUAGACAACCCGAAAGCCACGCCCAAUUCAAUUUCUUCGCUUUCUCUCCCCUCGGUCCGUCUCACACUCACUGUGAACAUUGAAAAACAACAACAACAACAACAACAACAACAGAGCUUUCAGGGUUUUUACCCCUCCACACUAGAGAAAGGUUGAGGAUGGGGAGAAGUCUAAGUCCGAUACUGCAGCGAGAGUUGGCAAAUCUGGAUAAAGAUGCUGAUAGUCGUAAAUCAGCAAUGAAAGCACUCAAAUCCUAUGUCAAGGAUUUGGAUUCCAAGGCCAUCCCUCUCUUCCUUGCUCAAGUUUCUCAAACCAAAGAAACUGGUUCUUUAUCUGGUGAAUGCACAAUCUCUCUGUAUGAAGUACUUGCCCGUGUCCAUGGUGUUAAAAUUGUUCCUCUAAUAAACAGCAUAAUGACCACCAUAAUCAAGACAUUGGCUUCAAGCGCCGGUUCCUUCCCUCUCCAACAAGCAUGCUCCAAGGUGGUUCCAGCUAUUGCUAGAUAUGGGAUUGAUCCAACCACACCUGAAGACAAAAAAAGGCAUAUAAUUCAUUCACUCUGUAAUCCACUUUCGGAUUCACUUUUGGGUUCUCAAGAGAGCCUCACUUCAGGAGCUGCUCUAUGUCUAAAGGCUCUUGUGGAUUCUGACAACUGGAGGUUUGCGUCGGAUGACAUGGUUAAUAAGGUAUGUCAGAAUGUUGCUGGGGCUUUGGAGGAGAAGUCCACCCAGACCAAUGCACACCUUGGCCUGGUUAUGGCUCUAGCAAAACGCAAUGCUAUUAUUGUUGAACCAUAUGCUAGGUUGUUAAUACAAGCUGGAUUACAGAUAUUAAAUGCUGGGGUAGUGGAGGGGAAUUCGCAAAAGCGAUUGUCGGCCAUUCAAAUGGUUAAUUUUUUGAUGAGGUGUUUAGAUCCCUGGAGCAUAUACUCCGAGAUUCAGUUGAUAAUUGAGGAGAUGGAGAAGUGUCAUUCUGAUCAGAUGGCUUAUGUCAGAGGAGCUGCUUUUGAAGCUUUGCAAACUGCAAAGAGAAUAGCUGCAGAUAAAGGGUCAAAGUUUGAGAAGUGUCCUGGCUCAGUCACUGGGUCAAAUUUUAGUAGGAGAGAACAAAGCAGAAGGAGGUAUUUAUCAAGUGCUGGUGAUCGAUCCCCUGCAUCUGUUUCACCUGAAUCACAGACCCUUGAUUCCUUUAUUGACUAUGAUGAGUCAUGGAUUGAGUCCCCAAUUUCAACAAGACAGGUUUCUCAAAACUCAGAUUUUGACCGUAGGAGUGUGAACCGAAAACUAUGGAGUUAUGAGAAUGGAGGAGUUGAUGUGUCUCUCAAGGAUGGUUUGUUCUCAGAGGUUGCUCGGGCAAAUGGCAUCUCUAACAUGUAUUUGGAUCACUCGGGGAAUAAUGAGUUUGCUAAAAGUGAAGGAGAAUAUACAGAAGAGUUUGCGGGGUUCUUGCAGAAAAAUCCUAAAAAUGGAAAGUCAAGAAGCACCACGACCAGUCCCCUAAGAUCACGGACUCCAAUUAAUGUUGACAGCAUUAUCUUCAGAACUCCGAGAAAGCUUGUUCACUCUCUUCAGGAUCCAAACAGUGUGAAUUCAGAUUUUUCCGAAAAACAAGGUCGAAGGUUCAGAAGCCUAUCCCUGAGCGAAUUUGAGUGGAGCCCGGGUUCCAGAUAUGACCAAAAUGAUAUUUCACAUCAAGUAAAGUGCGAUUGCAGAGAGAAUGGAAGCUCAUACGCAGAUGGUAAUUGUGAGCAGUUCCAAGGUGGUACUGAAUCGGUGUCCUCCACAGAUGAUCUUCCUCAUAACUCUAAUGAACAAGUGUCACAGAAAGUGGUUCCUGAAGAGAGAGUUGAAGCUAGAAGGUUUGGCUUCCAAAAGACCCGUCAAAAGAUGGCCUUAAACUUGGCUUGUGUCCUAUGCUUUUUAUUGUUUCUGGCACUUGCUUCACUACUUUGGAUAAGCGAUCCAAACGAGGGUCACUAUCUUGUGCCAACUUAAUGUACUCAUUUUGAUUUUUAUGUAUCAUUUUCUUUUGAUAGUGUUAAUCAGCUCUAGAAAUUAGUAAAACCUUCUGAAAAAUUGAGUUUAUUAUGGCAGCAUCUCUACUCCAUAUAUGUUGUUUACAGCAAUUAGGAUUCAGUCAUUCUAACCAGUUGUUGGAUGUUUGCUGUGCUCAAAUGAAGUAAAAGAUAUGUUUCUUGAGAAAAAUUGCAAAUUUGAUUUCUCAGUUUUGCUAUA